AUGAUGGCGACGGCGAGGAGUCUCCUCGUCCUCGUCUUCGUCUUCGCGCUCUGCAGCUUGGCACAGACAGCGGCGGCGUCGGCGUCGGAAGAGGGCUUCCGCGAGUCGCUGCGCAUCGCGCCGCUGGCCGACGGGCGCGUGCACAUGCUCUUCUCCUUUGAGCUCACGUCGGCCGGCGCCGAAAUCGACGAACAGCAGCCGAAUACUGCCUCGUCACAGCAGCCACCGCUGUACUCGACGGUGCCGCGGCCGCUGGUGCACCUGGCGCAGGCGAGCGACGCCGACGAGGUGCACCUCGCCAUCAAUGCCGGCCGGUGGGACUAUGCGCGCUGGGGCUGGCCCACGACGGAGCCGGCCGUGGGCACGGGCGCCGAGGUGUGGGCGAGUCUGCGCGCCAAUGCGACAAGGACGACGGCUACAGCAGACAACGGCGACGGUGGCAGUGCACGCGUCGAGCCGGCGCUCAUGGCGCGCUGGCGCACCCUGACGGCGAACCUGGCCGGCCUCUUUUGCGCCUCGCUCGAUGCCCUCGAUGAGCGCCUGACGGUGACGCCCUGGACGCGGUCCUUUCCUUCCUCUUCGUCAUCAUCGCCGAGCAAUCACUCGAGCAAGACACUCCACGCCACACUGUCGUCCGAGGCCGUGUGCACCGAGAACCUGUCGCCGCUGCUGAAGCUGCUGCCGUGCAAGCAGCGCGCCGGCCUCGCCUCGCUCCUCGAGCCCCACCACUUUUUCGCGGCGGACUUCCACGGCAUGGCCCUGCAUGUUGUCCGCCGUGGCGAGGACGGCCGCUGGGCCGUCGAGAUCAAUGUUCAGGCCGUCUUUUCGCCCGUGAUGCUGCCUGGCCUGCGCGGCAAGCGCGACUGGUCCCUCUCUGGCCUGCUGGGCCGGCGGAUGGAGCAGGCGUGCCCGCUGGCCGACGAGAGUGCCAUCACCGUCGUGGCGCCCGCCGAGGUGGCGAAGAGAAAGAAAGAGGAAGACGAGGAAGAAGGCGACUACAACUUCCUCAUCAGCCCCAUCCUCGUCCUGCCGCAGCUGGCCCAGGAGGAGCGCGACGCCUACGAGGACGAGGCCGCGCGCUUCAAGCGCUUCGAGCGCGCAUUCAUCCGCCGCGUCGUCGACGAGGGACACGCCGUGUACGACACGCGCACCGCCGUCGGCUUCGACGUGCGCAUGUACUGGCCUACCGAGGGCGAAUUUGUGUUUCCCCACAGCUACCCCAACAGCCCGGCCUUUUCGGCCGACCGGAGCUUCCUGGGCGCCGGCCAGGAGCGAGGGCGAAUCGAGGUCACGCUGCGCAACACCGACGCCGUGCGCGCACGCAGCGUCGUCUACUACGACGUCCUGCCCUGGUUCAUCCGGCCCCUCCUCCACUCGCUCCAGGCCAGUGUCGAGGUGGCCGACGACGACGACGAGGAGGGCGACAUUGUGCGCUUUGCAGACGACCUCACCGCGCCCAUCGUCGAGGCGCUGCGCUACUCUGCGUCGACGCCGCGCGGCGCACCGCUGCACCUCGAGGCGACGGUGCGCGUGCCCCCGCAGAGCACCGUGCGCCUGCGCUACGACUACGACAAGGCCUUUCUGCGCUAUGCCGAGCACCCGCCCGACGCCCACCGCGGCUUCGACAUUGCCCCCGCCGUCUUUCUGCCUGCCGGCAGCAGCAAGAUGCCCCGCCUGUACACAAACCCCAGCCUGGUCGAGGUGGCCGUGCCGGACUUUAGCAUGCCGUACAAUGUCAUCAUCUUCACGUCGACACUCAUUGCCCUCUGCGCGGGCUCGGUGCUCAACAACCUCGUGCGCAAAUAUGCAGACGUCGUCGUCGAGCCGUAGUAGUAGGCAGGACAUGCAAUCCAAUCUAAUGCAACCAGUCGGAUCGCGAGAUUGAUUGGCUUUUCCUGGCCUGCAUCUAGUCAGAGUGAGAUCAGGAUCGGGAAUGAAGUGAGCGCCCGUGCCUUUCUCCAAAUAC